AAAGGUGAUGGAGAAGACAGAAUUGCAGGGGACAGGACACCUUUCGUUUCAUUAGGAAUAGCCAUUAAAAUGUGUAAAAUGUGGAAUAUGCUUCACUGAAUGAGCACACAUAGUUCACAUCAACAAACACAAAAAGGAAAGAACCCAUUUAAAAGGUAUGGAGUGCGGAAAGAGCUUCUCUUUCAAUACAAAACUUAGAACACACCAGCGGACUCACAGAGAGAGAAAACAUUUUAAGUACAGGGAGUGUGGGAAGAACUUCAGUCAGAGUGGAAACCUUAAAUUGCACAAACGGACUCACACAGGGGAGAAACCAUAUGAAUGUAUGGAGUGUGGAAAGAACUUUAAAAAUAGUGGAAGCCUUAGUAAACAUCAACAGACUCACACAGGUGAGAAACCAUUUAAAUGUAUGGAGUGUGGAAAGGACUUCAGUCAGAAUGGAAACCUUAGAUCCCAUCAACGGACUCACACAGGGGAGAAACCAUUUAAAUGCAUGGAGUGUGGAAAGGACUUCAGUCAGAAUGGACACCUUAGAUACCAUCAAAGGACUCACACAGGUGAGAAACCAUUUAAAUGUAUGGAGUGUGGAAAGGACUUCAGUCGGAAUGGAUUCCUUAGAUCCCAUCAACGGACUCACACAGGGGAGAAAGCAUUUCAAUGUAUGGAGUGUGGAAAGGACUUCAGUCAGAAUGGACACCUUAGAUCCCAUCAACGGACUCACACAGGUGAGAAACCAUUUAAAUGCAUGGAGUGUGGAAAGGACUUCAGUCAGAAUGGACACCUUAGAUCCCAUCAAAGGACUCACACAGGUGAGAAACCAUUUAAAUGUAUGGAGUGUGGAAAGGACUUCAGUCAGAAUGGAUUCCUUAGAUCCCAUCAACGGACUCACACAGGGGAGAAACCAUUUCAAUGUAUGGAGUGUGGAAAGAGCUUUAGUGAAAAUGGAAGCCUUAGGAACCAUCAACGGACUCACACAGGUGAGAAACCAUUUAAAUGUAUGGAGUGUGGAAAGGACUUCAGUCGCAAUGGAAACCUUAGAUCCCAUCAACGGACUCACACAGGGGAGAAACCAUUUAAAUGCAUGGAGUGUGGAAAGAGCUUCAGUUUCAGUGAAAGCCUUAGACAACAUCAACGGACUCACACAGGGGAGAAACCAUAUAAAUGUAUCGAGUGUGGAAAGAGCUUUAGUAAUAGUGGAAGCCUUAGACAACAUCAACGGACUCACACAGGGGUGAAACCAUUUAAAUGUAUGGAGUGUGGAAAGAGCUUCCGUUUUAGUGGAAACCUGAGAAGACAUCAACAGGCUCACAUCGGUAUGAAAUGAUUUAAAUGUAUGGAUUGUGGAAAUAGCUUCAAUCGGAGUGCACACCUUAGAAAUCAUCAACGGACUCACACAGGGGAGAAACCAUAUAAAUGUAUCGAGUGUGGGAAGAGCUUUAGUGAAAAUGGAAGCCUUAGAAAUCAUCAAUGGACUCACACAGGGGAGAAACCAUUUAAAUGCAUGGAGUGUGGAAAGAGCUUCAGUCAGAGUGAAACCCUUGAUUUUUGUCAACAAACUCACACAAAAGACAAACCAUAUAAAUAUCAGGAAAGUAGAUAGAGGUUCACUCUUAGUGGAAGUUCAAAAUCAACAGACAUAUGGACAGAAAGAACUUUAAGAGUUGAAACCCUUCAAACCAUCAACAACCUCAAAGAGGAGAAGCAGUUUAAAUGAAAAGACUGCAAAAAGUGCUUUAUUUAUAACGGAGUUAUC